ACGUCGGCUGCUGACGAGUAUAAGCUGGCCGUGGCGAGCCCAGACCACGGCCACACUGUCAGUUCCUCACACAACCACACACCAACACGCACGGGGCAGGUGAUACAGCAGGGCUCUUAUCUCCACAGCGGCUCGGACAACCUGCACAGCUUCUCGAUUUAUUCUCAUUUUUUGUAUUCAAAACACCGCCGUCAUGUUGUGGACAGCGAGUCAAGUGUUAAGGAAAUUCUCCACCUCGUCCCACUAUUACCAGAAUAAGCUAAAACUAGCUAUUAUUGGCCAGAGUAUGUUUGGACAGGAGGUUUACUCCAACCUGAAGAAGCAGGGACACAAGGUUGUGGGUGUCUUCACAGUCCCUGACAAGGAUGGCAAGGCUGACCCCCUGGCGGUGGCUGCAGAGAAGGAUGGGACCCCGGUGUUCAAGUUCCCUCGGUGGCGGGUGAAGGGGAAGCCCAUCCCUGAGGUGGUGGACACCUACAAAGCGGUGGGCGCCGAGCUGAACGUCAUGCCCUUCUGCUCCCAGUUCAUCCCCAUGAAUGUCAUCGACAGCCCCAAGCAUGGCUCCAUCAUCUACCACCCCUCCAUCCUGCCCCUGCACCGAGGAGCCUCAGCCAUCAACUGGACCCUUAUCCAGGGUGAUAAGAAAGCUGGCUUCUCAGUGUUCUGGGCUGAUAACGGGCUGGACACCGGACCCAUCCUGCUGCAGAGGGAGUGUGCUGUGGAGCCCAAUGACACCGUGGACACACUGUACAACCGCUUCCUCUUCCCAGAGGGCAUCAAGGCCAUGGUGGAGUCGGUACAGCUCAUUGCUGAUGGAAAAGCCCCUCGAAUUCCCCAGACAGAGGAAGGAGCGAGCUAUGAAGGCAUCCAGAAGAAAUCAAACGCCAAGGUUAACCUGGCCCAGCCGGCUGAGGCCAUCCACAACUGGAUCCGCGGCCAUGACAAAGUCCCCGGUGCUUGGACUGUCAUCGGUGGUCAGUCUGUCACCUUUUAUGGCUCGUCCAUGUUGGGAGGGUCGGCAGCAGCCGGUCAGCCUCUGGAGAUUGAGGGAGCUUCCCAGCCUGGCAUCGUCACCAAGAAUGGACUUGUCCUGUACGGAACUGAUGGCAAAGCUCUCGUGGUGAAGAAUCUGCAGUUUGAAGAUGGGAAGAUGAUUCCUGCUUCCAAAUACUUCUCCUCUAGAGAAAGCUCCAGCGUGGAGCUGACCGAUGAUGAGAAGAAGAUGGCAGAGGAGAUCAGGAACAUCUGGAAGGGCAUCCUCAGCAAUGUCUCAGCCAUAGAGGACACCACAGACUUCUUCAAGUCUGGAGCUGCCUCCAUGGAUGUAGUCAGGCUGGUGGAGGAGGUAAAACAGAAGUGUGCUGGUGUCCAGCUGCAGAACGAGGAUGUGUACAUGGCCACCACCUUCCAGGACUUCAUCCAGAUGUUCGUCCGCAGGCUGAGAGGAGAGGAUCAGGAGGAGGAGCUGGUCGUCGACUAUGCAACCAAAGACGUGAACAACAUGACGGUGAAAAUGCCAUAUCAGUGCUUUAUCAACGGCAGUUUUGAGGACGCAGAAAACGACAAAACCUACGACACUAUCAACCCUACUGACGGAUCGGUGAUCUGUAAGGUGUCCUACACCUCGGUGGGUGAUGUAGACCGAGCAGUAGCUGCUGCAAAAGAAGCUUAUGAAAACGGGCCCUGGGGCAGGAUGAACCCCAGAGACAGAGGGAGUCUGCUUUACAAGCUUGCAGACCUGAUGGAGGAACACCAGGAGGAGCUGGCCACCAUUGAGUCCAUCGAUUCAGGAGCCGUGUACACACUGGCCCUCAAGACACACGUAGGCAUGUCCAUCCAGACCUUCCGCUACUUUGCUGGCUGGUGCGACAAAAUCCAGGGCAAGACAAUCCCUAUCAACCAAGCCAGACCCAACCGCAACCUGACCUUCACUAAGAAAGAACCUCUGGGUGUGUGUGCCAUCGUCAUCCCAUGGAACUACCCUCUGAUGAUGCUGGCGUGGAAGAGUGCAGCCUGCCUGGCAGCUGGAAACACUCUGGUUCUUAAACCUGCACAGGUCACUCCACUGACAGCACUGAAGUUUGCUGAACUUUCGGUGAAAGCUGGUAUCCCAAAAGGCGUCAUCAACAUUUUGCCAGGCUCUGGUGGCAUGGUGGGACAGCGUCUGUCUGACCACCCAGACAUCCGUAAGCUGGGCUUCACCGGCUCCACACCUAUUGGCAAGCAGAUCAUGAAGAGCUGUGCCGUCAGUAACCUGAAGAAGGUUUCUCUGGAGCUGGGGGGGAAAUCGCCUCUCAUCAUCUUCAGUGACUGUGACAUGGACAAGGCUCUUCGCAUGGGCAUGAGCUCUGUGUACUUCAACAAGGGUGAGAACUGCAUUGCGGCCGGACGUCUGUUUGUGGAGGAGUCAAUACAUGAUGAAUAUAUCAGCCGAGUGGUGGAGGAGAUCAAGAAGAUGAAGAUCGGAGACCCUCUGGAUCGCUCCACAGACCACGGCCCACAGAACCACAAAGCCCAUCUGGACAAGCUGCUGGAGUACUGUGAGAUCGGACUGAAGGAGGGAGCCACACUGGUGUACGGAGGCAAACAGGUGGACAGGCCAGGCUUCUUCAUGGAGCCCACUGUGUUCACUGAUGUGGAGGACCACAUGUUCAUCGCCAAAGAGGAGUCUUUUGGCCCCAUCAUGGUGGUGUCCAAAUUCAGAAAUGGCGACGUGGACGGCGUGCUGCAGAGAGCCAACGACACAGAGUAUGGCCUGGCCUCGGGCGUCUUCACCCGUGACAUCAACAAGGCCAUGUACGUGAGCGAGCGGCUGGAGGCUGGAACCGUGUUCGUGAACACCUACAACAAGACCGACGUGGCUUCACCUUUUGGAGGCUUCAAGCAGUCAGGCUUCGGCAAAGACCUCGGAGAGGACGCCCUCAUGGAAUACCUGAAGACCAAAGCAGUGACUGUGGAGUACUGAGGCUCAGACUCUCCUAACAAACUCCAACCUACAUCUGUACAGGAGAGGGACUUGUCAGUCUGCGUGGAUCAGAUAUCCAUUUCAUUUCGUUUCAUUUAUUAUUUUAUUUGAAUGGGACAGUGCAUAUUAAUGAACAUCCAGUAAUGUAAAUACGCCAGAUUUAGCUCAAGGCUAAUUUCCAUCUUUUGUCCCAUGGGAUAAAAGACAUACCACCAAAACAAGAACAUACAGGACAUUAAGCAAAAAAAACAAACAAAAAACAAAAACAAAAAACAAAAAAACAAGACAGGGCAAAGAUACAAUAUAAAAACUAAACUAAACAUUCAACCACAACCUACACUUUUCCCUCUCACACACACACACACAUCAUUCUAUCAUUUUAAAACUGACAUGCUCUUGUAACUUCUGAAUGACUCUCGAAUGGUUACAAGAGUGUUGCUGUAACAGCCAUUCUUUAAGUUGCCUCUUAAAAGAGACAUAGGUGGUACUUUCUCUAACUGUCAUCGGUAGAUUGUUCCAACUGGAGCAGCCCUUAAUGGAUAGUACAUUUUUUGAGAAUUCGCAACCACGAUAUUGCACUUCACAGUCCCCCCUUACUGUGGAGCGAGUGUUCUUUAGGCUGGACUUUUGUUUAAUAAAUCCAUUAAGUGGUGACGGGGCUAAGCCCUUCAGAACUCUAUAUAUGAGACAGUUAUUUUUAAAGAUUUUAAAACUUUCAAAUGUUAAAAACUUGUAUUUCUCUAUCAAAACACAUAUAUGAAAUGACUGGGGUUUUUGAUCAAGUAUCUUAAUAGCUUUUUUAAAAAGCUGCUCUAUUGGUUUAAGUGCAGUAACACCAGCAAAGGACCAGACUGUGAAACAGUAUUCAAUGUGAGAAAAUAUCAUGCAGUGAAGGUAAGACUUAGCUGCCUCUGUAAUGAUGAAUGGUCUGAUUUGUUUAAAGUUUUGUAAAUUAAAUCUGAUGGUAUUUGCAACCUUUUUCACAUGUUUUUUGAAUGUGAGGUUGGAAUCUAAUAUGACCCCAAGAUAUUUAAAAUGGGUUACUAAUUCCAACUCCUCUCCAUUCAGAAAUACAUUAGAUCGGUCUUGUUUUACUUUUUGUUUACUGAAUAUCAUACAGACUGUCUUUUUGGAAUUCAGCAAAAGACAAUUUUGCCUAAGCCAGAGAUGUACUCUGUUAAGACCUUCUGUAAGAUAUGCAGUGAUAGUCUGGAUAUUUAUACCAUAAGUGAACAACACAGCAUCAUCAGCAUACAUCAACAUAUCAAGCUCAGGGCAAACAUCUGGUAAAUCAUUGAUGUAUAACGAAAAAAGUAAAGGACCUAUUACGGAACCUUGGGGGACACCAACAUCACUGCUGAGGCACUGGGACUGUACUCCCUUUAUAUGAACACACUGUUUCCUGUUUGCUAGAUAGGACUGAAACCAAGCAAGUGAAUCUGCUGAAAAGUUAAAGUGUGUUAAUUUGCUUAAUAAAAUACGAUGAUUAA